AUGUCUCUGCCCGCAACUUUCAAGCAAGCGGUCUUUCGAUCGCUAGGUUCGCCGCUUGUCAUUGAAGAGACCCCCAUCACUCGACCGGGCGACCGCCAGCUCCUGGUCAAAGUCGAAGCAUGCGGUGUUUGCUCGUCGGACCGGUGGGCCCAGAAUAAUGUCAUGGGAGGCGGAUUCCCCAUCGUACCAGGCCACGAAAUCAUCGGCCGAGUCGCAGCCCUGGGAGACAGCGUCUCCAACUGGAAGGUCGGGGACCGGGUUGGCGGAGCCUGGCAUGGGGGACACGACGGAACGUGUAGGGCCUGCAGCAAAGGUCUUUUCCAGAUGUGCGCUGCCGAGCAAGUUAAUGGCGAGACCAAAAAUGGCGGCUACGCCGAAUACUGUCUCUUGAACGUCGAAGCCGCCGUCCGAGUGCCCGAACACGUCCCUGCCGCCAAAUACGCUCCCAUUCUCUGCGCGGGCGUCACCGUCUUCAACUCCCUCCGCCAUAUGAACAUCACCCCAGGCGAGAUCGUUGCCGUGCAGGGGCUGGGCGGUUUGGGUCAUCUGGCUAUCCAGUAUGCGCGGAAGAUGGGUUAUCGUAUUGUGGCGAUCUCGCGUGACUCGCAAAAGGAAGAAAUGGUCCGCAAGCUUGGGGCACAUGAGUACAUCGAUGACAGUCGCGUGAACGUGAGCGAGGAGUUGCAGCGGUUGGGUGGAGCCUCUUUGAUCAUGUCUACUGCGCCAAAUGCGGCGAUUAUCAGUCCGUUGCUGCGCGGAUUGGGGAUUUUGGGAAAACUAUUGAUCUUGUCAGUGCCGGGUCCGGUGCCGGUGGAUACCUCAAUCAUGGUCAAGCAUGGACUUUCGGUACAGGUUUGGCCCUCGGGUCAUGCUACUGAUAGCGAGGAUGCCAUUGCUUUCACCGAGCUGCAGGACAUAAAUUGUAUGGUGGAGGAGUUCCCGCUGGAUCGGGCGAAUGAGGCUUAUGAUGCCAUGCUGAAAGGAUCGGUCAGAUUCCGUGCAGUUCUGACGAUGCAGUAG